UGAAGCUGGCAUAACGCUACCGAUCGACACUUGGUAAGAACGUCGAGCGGCUGUAAAGAGCUUAAGACAAAAUGAAGCAUACUGUGGUGCUAAUGUUGGCUGUGAUAUGCCUGGUCUGUGUGAUGCAGAACGAAGCUAGCAUUUUGCCCUUGGUAUUGGAACCACAGGCACCGGUUGUUGUUUCGGUGCCAUCGAUACCGGUGGUGAAGAUUGUGCCUGUGGCUGCUGGUGGUGGAGGUGGUGCUGGUGGCGCUGGCGGUGAGGGUGCUGCUGGCGGCGGCGGUGGCGGUGGUGGCGCUGCUGGCAUUUUAGGUGGUGGCGGUGGCGGCGGCGGUGCUGGUAGCGCUGGCGCUGGUGGUGGCGGUGGUGGUGGCGCUGCUGGUGGUAUUUCAGGCGGUGGCGGUGGAGGCGGCGGUGCUGGUAGCGCUGGUGCUGGUGGUGGCGGCGGUGGCGGUGGCGGUGCUGGACUCCUUGGCGGUCUAGGUGGACUAGGUGGCGACGGUGGCCAUUAAUCUGUAUGCGAAAGUGUUAUUUGUAAAUACGUUGCAUUGUUUAUAUGUUGGUAACAGUUUUUGAUCUAUUUUGUGUAUACCUAGUUAAUGCCUUUCACAUUCACAUUUCUGUCUUUGAGUUGCUUUUCGUUUUUCUGCAAGUGAAUAUAACAGAUAUUUCAAAAAUAAA